GGGGUCGGCAGUAUCGCAGGGCUUUGCGGCGCUUCGGUCCCUGGUUGGGGGCGUCGGGGUGUGCGCUCGGCCCGGCUCAGCCCAGCCCAGCCCGCGGGAGCCGCCGCCGGAGUAAGAGCGUAUCUGACAAAUGUUGCCGGGUGUACUGAGACUGUUCGUGCGGUGCAGCGAGUGGCACGGGCUCCGGGGGAGCUGCUGGAGUUAACUGCUCGUAGCUUCCCACUGGGGCAAGAGGAUUUGGCGGCGGAGAGGGCUGGCGAUAGGUUGCAAAGACCAGGUUCUCCGCGUUCCAGUGCCCGGCUACUAACCUGACCUGACCUGACAAGCAUCCUGGUGUCAGUAUCUGAUGAGAUCAUGAGAUGAGUUUAGCCAUUCAAAAUCUGCAGAAAGUCAUUCCCAUCAGGAGAGUCCCGCUUCGCAAGAAAAUUGAAAUUCUUCAGAAGAUUUUGGGUGUUCAGCAGUUUGACCUGGGUGUCAUCUGUGUUAAUAACAGAACCAUUCAGCAUCUCAAUAGCACCUACAGGAAAAUAGAUGUCCCCACUGAUGUGCUGUCGUUUCCGUUUCAUGAGAAUGUGAAAGCAGGAGAGCUUCCACAGCCUUGUUUUCGAGAGGAAUACAACUUGGGGGACAUCUUCCUUGGAGUGGAGUAUAUAUAUCAGCAAUGCCAAGAAAAUAAAGAGGAUUACUACAGCAUUCUUACAGUGACUCUAGCUCAUGGGUUGUGCCAUUUACUUGGCUACAAACACAGCACAGAAGCAGAGUGGCAGCAGAUGUAUCAAAAGGAAAAACAAAUUCUUGAGGAACUAAAUAGAAUUACUGGCACAAAUCUCCAGCCUCUGACCAAAAACCUCUUCUAAUCAUGUCUAAAGCCAAUGAGUUUCCGUCCCUGAAGGAAUGUUUAGAAGGCAAACAAAAAAUGAAUCCUCAUUUUACUGAAAAGCUUUAUUCUUAUUACAUGGUUAAGUGAACACUAUACUGGCAUUGUGAUUUAUGUAACAGAAAUAGAAUUCUUAUUAAUUUAUAUCAGUUCCACAAAGUGUCCACAGAAAUGUUAGGCAUUUCACCAAAUGCAACAAAGUGUAUUGUAAAAUUUAAUCAAACACCUAUUUCUUAUAGAUCACAGUUCUAUUUUGUAACUUGUUGCCAAUAAUUUCCAAUAAAAAUAUGUAUGCUAUUUACUGGA